AGAAGCUGGAGAGCGAGAGAAGAGAAGCUGGCAAGGCGAAGCUCUGGAACGAUGGCGACUGUGGUUUUGGAUGCGGUUGGCAUCACGUUGCAGCUGGAGGACGUGGACCGCGACCUGGCUGGGUCCCUGGCACAGCUGCAGGGGGCCCACGAGGCAGUGAGGGCAUCGGUGGAGAAUGCCCGGGCCAAGGUCCGUCGCGUCAUCGAGGGAAUCCGAAACGCCGAAAAGGAGGCGGCAGAGGCGAGCGGGCGGCCAGCUUUUGACGAGGGCGACCCUACGGAGGCCAGGUCGCUCAAGGAGAGGCUCUAUGACCUGGAGACGCUGAACCCCGACACCUGGCAGGAGCUCGGCACCGGUUAUUUCGGCACGGUGUACCGAGCCUUCGUGCAGGGCACCGAGGUGGCGAUCAAGGUGCUCACUGAGGACAAGGAGCAGGCCAUCUUGAAGGAGUACUGCCAGCUGAGAGAGCUACGCCACGACAACAUCGUGGCAAUCCGAGACCUGGGACAGCUGAAGGAGGGCUGCAUCCCCCGCCUGGGCUUGCUUAAGCCGUUCAGGUUCCUGAUGAUGGAGCAUGUGGGCGUGAACCUGGCGACGUACGUGGCACGGCAGGAGGAGCGCUCGCCGCGGCUGCCACGUUCACGCACCUGGGACAUCAUGCGCCAGGUGGUCAGCGCCCUCAACUACCUGCACACGCUCGCCGAUCCCAUCGCCCACUGCGACCUCAAGCCCGACAACAUCCUGAUCGAUGAGCACGUGCUGGACCUGCGGGUGAAGUUGGUGGACUUUGGGAUCUCAAGAAAGCGAGGAAACCUGUCUGAGCUUCAGGAGUUCACGCGCUGGUCAGCCCCCGAGCUCGUCGGCAAAGAUAUCGCGAGUGAUGCUGACCCCAUGAUGCCGUACAUCAAGGGGGACAUCUGGACCGUGGGGCUGCUCAUUUACUUCAUGCAAACAGGCCUGGAGCCGUACGGGAGCCGGACGGACAACGCGGUCAAAGAGGAAGCAAUCGAGGUUGCCCAAGCGCUGUACCAGGCGCUCCUCCAGUCCCCCGAGCUGCCCGACGAUGUCCUGCUGCAGAUCCAGAUGCAGUGCCUGCAGCCGGAGGGGAAGCCUCGGCCUACGGCCAGGCAGCUCCUCGACACCUUCUUCAAAGACGGAAGGAAUCCUUACCUCAGCGAGGAAAAGAAGGCCGACUUUUUCACGUUCGGCUUCCUCAGAGACACCAAGAUCUUCGUGGCCGAUUCCGUCAUCGGCAACGUCGUGGAAGGGGAGAACGGACACAGACCGACGCUCGGCUACCGGCCGCGCUACCUGUCAUGCGUCAUCGACAAAAAGAAACUGGAAGGCCCCACCCUCGAAUAUGAUGCAGCUGCCUAUCGGAAGAGGAGGCGGGAGUACGGGAAGAUGGUGAAGGAGAACAAGAUCUUCGACGGCCAAACUUACGCCCUGGUGGGCCUCACCACAAGUCGUUGCGGCGCCAUGGAGACGCACGUCAUUUCUCUCCGGCUCAAGGAGACGAUGUACGUGCACCACCGCGUCAUGCGGGAGAUGUGGAUGACCCUGGAGGAGAGGGAGAAGCUCAAGCAGGUGUCGUGCAAGAUGCAGGUGCACCCCUUCUACAGUACGUCACUGGGCGUGCACAUCGCCGUUCUCACAAACGAGGGCGGAGGAAAGAAGAAAUUCAUCUUCACCAGGCGCUCCAACCGUACUGGAAUAGCGACUCCGUCCAUGUGGACUUGCGGGGCGGUGGAGACGCUGUCGGUGAACGACGCGGAGACGAAGGUCAAGGGUCGCAAGAAGAAGGAGAUCCGCAUGGUGCGGCUGCUGCGCACGGCUGCUCGGGGCCUGGAAGAGGAGCUCAACAUCGUCCUGACAAGCGAGGAGCUGCACGCCAUCAACCUGCACACGGUUUAUCUCAAGUUCGACACCCACGAGUGGGGGGUGUGCGGCUUUGUGGACCUCAGCGACUCGCGCAUCCAGCGCCAGCACCGGCUCAGCUUCGCCCAGGUUCGGGCGGGGUUCACGUCGGGAGCGAAGGACAAGUUCGAGCACGAGGAGGUGGUGGGCGUGGACUUCGACCUGGACUCCAUGGUGACGUUCGUGCGCCAGCACGCCGCCUUCUUCGCGAGCUCCACCAAACUGGUGGUGGUGAAGACGCUGCAGGCGCACUUCCCCAUCGCGCGGCUCCUCUGCGAGUUCGACGCGGGCGAGGAUGAGGCCUUGGCGCUGCGGCAGUGAUGGUGGCGUUGGCGGCGGUGAUGGUGGUCAUAGCAGCGGUGAUGGUGGCGGUGAUGGUGGCAAUGGCACUUCACACUCGGGCACCUAUCCUGCUUGACAUUGAGACGUGAUUAAGUGGGUAGGAAAACGAGGCAAUCACCUUUGGUGGGGAAAUGUUUACAAAAUAAUGUGCAGUAAAAAUAGUCUGCCUCAAACACUGUGCUUCACAAGCUAGCAGAGAGAAAAGCAAUAACUCUAAAGCACCCAGCCGUGCCAGGGCCGUGCCGAGCCAGCCUGGCGCCAGGUUGUUUUUCCACUGCAAAAGCCGAGCCAUGCUGCCGACGUAAGACAAAAUGAGUCAUCAACCCCGCCCCUGGCCCUGCAUGCCCCCCCCCCUACCACCCCC